GGUCGCUCGGGUUCCUCCCACGUAAACCUCCACCUCCACCUCUCCAUCCAUAUCCAUCCAUUCCCUCCCACUCCCACUCCCACUCCCGCUUCCCAUCUCUCCCAUCACAAUCCCUCCUCUCGCGCAAUCUCUCCUCCCCUCUCUUCCCGCCAGGAGCUGGACUUCCAUCCAUCCCGGCCUUCUCUUCUCGUCGUCACACCAUCCUCUUCAUCGCCGCCUUUCCUUCCACACUCCUUGGCUCUGCUCAAGCUCGCACACCCUCCUUUUGGGCAAACUCUGUCCCGCCUUGCCAUCGCCAUCCGUCAUCGCCAUCGCCAUCGCCUUCGCCAUCGCCAAACAUCAGCACUCGUCGUCUGAAUAACAGGUCCCGCCGAAACCCGCCGCCAUCUCGGCCGCUACGUCGCUUCCCGAAUCAGAUUACCCCAAUCUGCCAGCUCGACUCGAUCCCCUCCCGACUUCGACCUCGACGUGCUAAAAGUAUCUACUUCUAACUGCCCAUCAUGGAGCAGCAAGCACAGCAACCCCCGCAGCAACAGCCGCAACAGCAGCAAGCGCCCCAGCAGCCUCAGGUUGGCGGCGUCCCUGGUCCUGCUGGGCGCAGGCUGCACAUCGCCCAUCGUCGUAGCCCUUCUGAGUUGACGCCUCUGAUGAGCAUGUUUGCCAACCCAGGAAUGGAGCAGCUUGCCAUCCAGCAGCAGAUUGAACUGCUGCAGCAGCAGCAACAGCAGAUCCAGGCUACGCAACAGCAAUAUGUCAACAUGGGAAUGGUGCCCCCGGGCCAGCCUAUGGUUCCCGGUGGCGGCUUCAAUCCUUUGCAGCCCAUGCCCAACAUGACACAAAACGCCUUCCAAUUCCCAAACCAAAUGCCACAACAAAACAUGGCUCCUCCGACCCAGCCACUGUCACAUCGCCGUAAUCAGUCGGCACUUCCCAACAUGGGUAUGGGACCUCCCCCAGCUCCCUCGGCCGGUGCCUCCGGAUCUACCUUCGGCAACUUCGAAGCUCCCGCUGGCCAUGGCCGCGAGAAUGCAGGUGGCCGAGGUGGCCGUGGUGGUGGCGGCGCCGGUGGUGGUCACCAGAGACGUCACUCUUUGGCUCUGGCCGACGCCAAGAAGGCUGCCGAAAUCGCCCAGCAGAAGCGAACCACCAGUGGUUUCUCCUUCCCUGCAUCCCCCGCCGAAAAGCCCGACGAGCAGAACAAGGGAGCUGCUCAGACCACCCUCGAUGUUCCUGUCGCCCAAGGCUCGAACCGUGGUGGACGUGGUGGCCACGGCCGCAGUCAGAGCAUGGCCGUCAAUGGCCGUGGCGCUGGCCGUGGUGGCGCUGCGAACCUCACCGUCGAUAACGAGUUCCAGCGCCGCGGAAGCCAUAACCGAACCGGCUCCCGUAACUUUGAGGGCAACUGGCGUAACCAGAGCCAGAGCCAGGAACAACAGCCUGGCAAUGCCGGCCAGAACCAGGCCGGCUUCCAGCCGGGCCACCGUCCUCGGGGCUCUAUGAACCAAUCGGUCUCCAACGUCGGUGCUUUCCAGUACAACCCCAACCAACCCCAGGUCAUGCAGUUGCCCAACCAGAUGAUGAUGCCCCAGAUGUACGGGCAGCAGCUGAACCCCAUGCAGCUUGGCCAGCUCCAGGCCCUGCAGGCCGCUCAGAUGAACGGCCAGCAGUUCAUUGGUCUUCAAGGCGCUCAGCACGGCGGCCAGCUUGGCGGCCAACAGCAGCAACAACGAAAGACCCUAUUCACUCCCUACCUCCCCCAGGCCACCCUUCCUGCGCUCCUUGCAGAUGGCCAACUCGUUUCUGGCAUUCUCCGUGUCAACAAGAAGAACCGCAGUGACGCCUAUGUUACCACUCAGGACGGCCUCCUUGAUGCCGACAUCUUCAUUUGCGGUAGCAAGGACCGCAAUCGCGCUCUUGAAGGAGAUCUUGUUGCCAUUGAGCUUCUCGAUGUCGAUGAGGUCUGGUCCCAGAAGCGUGAGAAGGAAGAGAAGAAGAAGCGCAAGGAUAUCACUGACACCCGGUCUGGAUCUACCAACCAGGGCAACCAGAACUCGGGUAACAACGACUCCAACCCUCCUGAGGGUGGUAUCCGCCGACGUGGCAGUCUCCGACAGCGUCCUACCCAGAAGAAGAACGAUGAUGUUGAGGUUGAGGGCCAGAGCCUCCUUCUUGUUGAGGAGGAGGAAAUCAACGAUGAGGCGAAGCCGUUGUAUGCUGGCCACGUCGUUGCUGUCGUUGAGCGUGUUGCUGGCCAGAUGUUCUCCGGAACUCUUGGCCUUCUCCGACCUAGCAGUCAGGCUACCAAGGAGAAGCAGGAAGCGGAGAGGGCUGCUCGAGACGGCGGUAACUCCCGUCAUAACGAACCCCGGCACCAGGAGAAGCCCAAGAUUGUUUGGUUCAAGCCUACUGAUAAGCGGGUACCCCUCAUUGCCAUUCCCACCGAGCAGGCUCCUCGCGACUUCGUCGAGAAGCACCAAGAUUAUGCGGAUCGAAUCUUCGUGGCUUGCAUAAAGCGCUGGCCCAUCACUUCGCUCCAUCCUUUCGGAACCCUUGUCGAGCAGUUGGGUCGCAUGGGCGACCUGAAGGUGGAGACGGAUGCUCUUCUCCGAGACAACAACUUUUCCUCUGAUGAAUUCUCCGAGGCUGUCCUGCGCAGCGUUGGUCUCCAGGAUUGGUCGCUCGAGAAGGAGGACGAGGCCGCCCUCGCCGCCCGCCGAGACUUCCGCGAGGAGAAGACCUUCACUUUUGAUUUCAACGGUGGUGCCGAGCUCGGCAGCGCUGUGCACGUCAAGUCUCGUCCUGAUGGCAAGAUUGACAUUGGCAUUCACGUUCCCGACAUCGCCCAUUUCGUUAAGCCCAACUCACUGGUUGACCGUGAGGCCAAGAAGCGUGGUACCUCUGUCCAACUGAGCAACCGCUUCUGCGCUCUGCUCCCCCCGAAGCUGGCCGGCGAGGUUUGCUCCCUGAGCCCAGACCAGGAGCGUCUGACCGUCAGUGUGGUCUUCAGCGUGAACCCUCACAAUGGAACCGUUGCCGAGGGUGACUCUUGGAUCGGCAGGAGUAUUGUUAAGAGUGCCGGCAAGGUUUCGCUCCAGGACAUUGACGAUGCUCUGACCGACGCUUCCAGCUACACGAACUCCACUGUUCCUGUCAACACCGUCCAGAUCCUUAAUGCCGUUGCCCAGAAGUUCCGUGAGGCUCGCCUCAACGCGGCUGGCGAGCCCAUCGCCCCUCUCCGACUUCUCCAGCAGUUGGAUGACGAGAACAACCCUGUCCAGGAGAACCUGUUUGACUCUACCCAAGCUCUUGAGCUUGUUGAAGAGCUCAUGCACAAGACCAACGCAUUUGUGGCUCAGCGCCUUGCCGAAGGACUUCCUGAAAAGGCUAUCCUUCGUCGCCAGGCCGCUCCUAACCCUCGCCGGCUACAGACCUUUGUUGAGCGCAUGACUGCGCUCGGCUACGACAUUGACUCCUCUGGCAGCGGAGCUCUUCAGACCAGCCUCUUCCAGGUCGACGACUCUGACUUGCGCAAGGGUAUGGAGACCUUGCUUGUCAAGUCGAUGCAGCGCGCCAAGUACUUCAUCGCUGGCAAGAGUGGCAAGCACCUUUGGUCUCACUAUGCUCUGAACCUACCCCUGUACACUCAUUUCACGAGCCCAACCCGCCGCUAUGCCGACAUUGUCGCUCAUCGCCAGCUCGAGGCCGUCCUCUCCGAGGGCAAGAUCGAAUUUACUGAGGAUAUUGACAACCUGGUCAAGACUGUCGAGUCUUGCAACACCAAGAAGGACUCUGCUCAGAACGCACAGGAUCAGAGCAUCCACAUUGAGGCCUGCCGCACAAUGGACAAGAAGCGCCAGGAGGCUAACGGUGACCUCAUUGCCGAGGGCAUUGUCGUUUGCGUGUACGAGUCUGCCUUUGAUAUCCUCAUCCCUGAGUGGGGUUUCGAGAAGCGAGUUCACUGUGAUCAGCUGCCCUUGAAGAAGGCCGAGUUCCGCAAGGAGAAGCGAGUGCUCGAGCUCUACUGGGAGAAGGGUGUCCCUAGUUCCGCGUACGUGCCCGAGGAUGAGCGGCCCAAGGCUGCUGCGUCGAUGCGGGCUUCAAAUGCUGCGGCUGCUCAGCGAAAGGCUGAGGAGGCGGAGCGUGUCCGAAAGGAGCAGGAGGAGGCUGCUCGCAAGCAGACGGAAACCGGUACCAUGUCGACGGAUGAUGUCGACGCUCUGUUCGAUGAUGACGAUGACAACAACUCAGAUGUCACCGAGGCCAUGGCUGGAGCUUCCCUCGCAGAGCGCCCUACCCAGAGCGUGCCCGGAUCCCCCGCUCGAUCUACGUCAAACGCUGGAGGCCUUCACCGCACUCGAUCCGACUCGAAGGUGCCGGUCGCCGAGGCCGUGGAGACUCGUCUGACCAACAAGGAGAAGUACUUGAAGCUUUUCUCUCUUCGUGAGGAGGGUGGCGAGUACAUUCAGGACGUGACGGAGAUGACGAGGAUCCCUGUGAUCCUGAAGACUGACCUCAGCAAGAGCCCACCAUGCCUGACGAUUCGGUCGCUGAACCCAUAUGCACUGUAAUUGGAGAAAAGAUGGAGAUUUGGCCAAGUGAGGAGGUGAAAAUGUUUACUGAAGGUGGGUUGGUUCAUUCGUGAAUCUGCUCAGCCUACGGAUUACAGGUAUAUCAUUUUGUGGAGGCAGUUAUACUUAAGCGGGCGAUGAAGUAAGGUGUGAUGGGAGAUAGUGGAGGUAAUAUCGAGAUACGCUCGAAGUAGUAAAAAUGAAUCCCCCUUCA